AUGACCAAUUCUUUCUCCAUGGAUUUGAAGGACAGCACCAGUGAGGGAAGUCUAGGGAGCCUUCAGCCUUCCAGCCUCCAGAUUUUUGCUAAUACCUCAAUACAUGGAAUCCGCCAUAUCUGUUAUGGACCUAUGACUGUGCGGAGGGCUCUAUGGGCUCUAGCAUUUGUAGCUUCCCUGGGCCUCCUCUUGGUAGAGAGCUCUGAGCGACUGAUUUACUACUUUUCUUAUCAGCAUAUCACCAAGGUGGAUGGGCUUGUUGCUAACAGCUUGGUCUUCCCAGCUGUCACCAUCUGCAACUUUAAUGGGUUCCGCUUCUCCCGUCUCACCACCAAUGAUCUGUACCAUGCUGGUGACCUUCUAGCUUUGCUGGAUGUGAAUUUACAAAUCCUUCAUCCCCAUCUUGCUGACCCAACAGUCUUGGCCAUACUGCAAGAGAAAACCAACUUUCAGCACCACCGAGCCAAGGUCUUCAGCAUGAGUGAGUUCCUAGGACGUGUGGGCCAUGACAUGAAGGAGAUGCUGUUGUACUGCAAGUUCCGGGGACAUGAGUGCAGCCACAAGAAUUUUACAACUGUGUUUACGAAAUAUGGGAAAUGCUACAUGUUUAACUCAGGCGAAGAGGGGCAUCCACUGUUGACCACGUUUAAGGGUGGGACAGGAAAUGGACUGGAGAUAAUGUUGGACAUUCAGCAAGAUGAGUACUUGCCAAUAUGGGGUGAAACAGAUGAAACAACAUUUGAAGCAGGAGUCAAAGUCCAGAUCCACAGUCAGUCUGAGCCGCCAUUUGUUCAAGAACUUGGGUUUGGUGUGGCACCUGGUUUCCAAACUUUUGUAGCCAUGCAAGAACAAAGGCUGACAUACCUUCCACCUCCAUGGGGUGAGUGCCACUCCUCAGAUUUCGGCCUGGAGUUUUUCCCCAUCUAUAGCAUCACUGCAUGCAGGAUCAGUUGUGAGACCCGCUACGUGGUAGAGAAUUGCAAUUGCAAAAUGGUUCACAUGCCAGGGGAUGCUCCAUUUUGUACACCGGAGCAGUAUAAGGAGUGUGCAGAGCCUGCACUAGUGCUUCUCGGUGAAAAGGGAAAUGAUUAUUGUGAGUGCCAAACCCCAUGCAAUUUGACCCGUUACAACAAGGAGCUGUCCAUGGUUAAGAUCCCCAGCAAGACCUCAGCUAAAUACCUUGAGAAGAAGUUUAACAAGUCAGAGAAAUAUAUCUCGGAGAAUAUACUUGUACUUGAUAUAUUCUUUGAAGCUCUUAACUAUGAGACCAUUGAGCAGAGAAAAGCAUAUGAAGUGGCAGCAUUACUUGGUGAUAUUGGGGGUCAGAUGGGUCUUUUUAUUGGUGCUAGCAUCCUCACUAUUCUGGAAAUAUUUGACUAUAUUUAUGAGCUGAUCAAAGAGAAACUGUUUGAUCUUCUUGGCCCAGAGGAGGAGGAAGGAAGCCAUGAUGAGAAUGUGAGCACGUGUGAGCCCUUGUCAAACCACUCUGAUCCCACAAGCCACACUGUGACAGUCCCACUGCAGACAACACUUUGCACAUUGGAGGAAAUUGUGUGCUGACAAUGCUUCUCAGCACUAUGGAUGGCAGAACCUACAAAAGCCAGGGAAUCUUACUCAGGCUCACUAACAGGGUGGGGGAAACCACUGAGGAAUUCGCUAUGCAUCCAAUUGUUCUCUUUCUCUCUUCUUGUCAAAAUCAGUGAAAGAUUUCAUGGACUCAGUUGCAUCAGCCUGUCCUACCAGGAUGAGUGGAGGAGGGUGUAGGAACGGGCAAGAUUUAUCUCCACCAGCGGACAACACAUCUCAGUUUCUGAAUUGGAGAGGUGUGAUGACCAAGGAACCAUUCUUUCAUAGACAGUCUACAAGUUAUACAAAAGAAGUCUGCAUGCCAGUCCUUUUGAUGGCAGUCUCUCUUUUUCCUUACAAGCCAUGUCUCCAUCCAACAACUGCUCCCUUUUUGUUUUUCUUUUGCCUCAACAAAAAUGGAGGUCAUGGCACAGACUUUCCUGCUCAAGAGUUUAUCAUUAUUUAACAACAUCACUGCUGAGUUAGAAACAAGCAAUGGUACAUUUUCGAGGGUCACCAUUCUUUUUUGUUGUAUGCUAAAUGUGACAGGGUCUCAAAAGUUCUGGUCAAAUCGUUGGGUGAGCCAGAUCUUUGUUGACCAAGGUGAGC